UGGAUGUGACGUCACUGCCGUCACCGGGUCAGGGGCGGGGCCGGCGGGGCAAAGAUGGCGCUGAACAGGAACCACUCGCAGGAGGGUGGUGUCGUCAUCCCCAAUGCCGAGAGUGUCCUCAAACAGUGCAAAGAUGUGGAGCUCUCCUUCAGUGACGUGACAGGCAAGCCUGAAAUCUUCAAAGGCACCAAAAAAGGAAUGCUGUAUCUCACCCCUUACAGGAUGAUCUUUGUGACCAAGGGCAAGGAUCCUAUGCUGUCCUUCAUGAUGCCGUUCUAUUUGGUGAAAGGGUGCUCCAUCGAGCAGCCUGUUUUCUCUGCCAAUUACAUCAAAGGACAGAUCCAGGCCGAGGCCGGAGGGUGGGUAAAUGACCAAGGCACCAGCGCAUGCUGUUGUUACACAGAAUUGGAAUUAGCCACCACUGUUGGUCUUUGGGACGUCAGGAGCCCCUUGGGUGGCUGGGAAGGACAGGGGACAUUUAAACUAACUUUCAACAGUGGAGGAGCCAUUGAGUUUGGACAGCUGAUGUUGAAAGCUGCUUCUAGUGCUUCCAGUGGCGUUCCUCUGCAGAACCCUGGCUAUGGAUACACCCCUGUUCCCGGAGGAUAUGCACCGGGCCCGCCUGCCCCCGGGGGCUACUCGCCUGUGCCGGGAGGCUACGCUGCCCCUCCGCCCCCCAGCGGAGCCUAUCCCUACGCACCGCCCCCAGUGAAUGCCUACGGACCUGCUCCACAGCCCAUGGGCUAUCCCUACGCCCAGGCUCCAGGUAUUUACCCACCACUUCCAAACAUGAACCCCAUGUACAUGCCACCCCCACCACCCUACUCUGGGGCACCUCCUGCAGGAUCUUCAGCCCCCACAGCUCCCCCAGCCUGGGUGAGCCCAGGAAUGCCAGGAGGCAGCAAGGCCAUGGAAGCAGCUUCCAGUGCAUAUUACAACCCUGCCAACCCACACAAUGUGUACAUGCCCAUGGAUCAGCCACCUCCUUAUGCACCUCCUGAGGAUAAGAAGAACAACUAGCAGAAGGAAAUUGCAGCCAGCCUCCCACAUUCUCUCUCCCUGAAGACAACUUGGCUGUUAGUACUCCUGAAGUUAGCAUAUCUCUAGAUCUCUGUUUCUCUACAAUAGAUACAGUGCUGGGCAGCUGAGCACCUGCCCUCAUUAAACACUGAGUCAGUGGCAACACGAGGCAGGACAACAGCACUUUCCUACUUACUUGCUUUAUCUCAUGGGGUCGAAGGACUAACCUUUUGCCCUGCCAUUGGCUUGAAGAGAGAGAUGGACUUAUUAAACUGUAUCACAUGACUAAUCUAGGACUAAAAUAUGAAGGCUCUGGGAUCUUGUUGGAGUGAAACAACUUGGAAUGCCAAACUUUUGACUUCUGAAGCACCAUCCAGGAGGAAAGGUGUGGAGAGCUAUGAGGUUCCCUGCACAGAUCCUCUGGUGUCCUAGACAGGUAUUAAAUUUCCUUAAAUUCUAGGGCAGUUCAGUUUGAGAUGGGAUUUUGGACAUCCUGUAUUGUGUUGGAAGUGUGUGGCAUUCUGAACUAACAGUUGAGGGGUCGUGACCUUGGGAAGUGCAUUUGAAGAGAUGCUGAAACAUUUGGCUAUGAAAGAGGGAAGGGGAUGGGUCCCUGUCUUUGUAGCCAUUGAAUAGAGAAGCAAACAAAGGUGUGCCUCAGGGCAGUGAGCUCAUAGACUGGCAGGCCUGAGGAUCAGUCUGUCUCUUCCCUGCCCAGGCAGGCUCCAUAUCUGUGCAAUGAUCCUGUGUCAAGCAGCCAUGCCUCGAGCAUAAUGGAGUCAAGUGCUGCACAGGAGGCUGCCUGUCUUGGAGCAAAAUGUGUUACAUUAGGCAGAUGACCUGGCAGUAGCCUUGUCAGGAGACAAGUCCUGCAGCCCUGGCUCCCUCUGCUGAGCAAAUCUGUGCUGUGUGCUACCUCCACAGGGGAAAACUGGCCUUCAUCUUUUCCUUCAGCUGCUGGAGCCAGGCUGUGUGUGCCCAGCACACACAGCAGUGUGGGCAGGUGGGCACUGUAAUGCUAGAGCUGGUUGCUUACAGGUGCAAUGCCCUUGGCUGGGAACUGCUGUCUGGGUGGGAGUUACUAGUGCUUGGCUCUCUUGCAGAGACUCUGGCUGCUCAGCCACAAGCUUUCCUUUUUCCUUAGGACAUAGUGCCAUUAAACCUGCUCUGAAGAGUCUCUAGUCUGGUGGAGACCCUUGUGAUUCUUUACAUAUAGGGUGACUGUACUUCUUCCUACAGCCUCUGUACCUUCACAAGGAGGGGGAAGGAGUGUUUUGCCUCACCCCCCUUUGUGGUAGGGCUCUCCUGCAAUUCAGGUUUGCACAACUUAAAAGUAUGAAUUCCUAAAGCAGUUCCACAUGGGGGGAAGUAAGUUUCCUCAUCUAUAAACACUUUUUCUGACUUAGAGAUAUUCUAACAACUCCGUAUUUAAAAAAAAAAAAUCAACCAUGAAUGUUUGUAACUUUUUGAAUUGCACUUUAAUACAGGAGUGUUGAUACCUUUA